AUGAUUCUCCCAAGAGGCGUACAGCUCCCCAGAGCAGAAGACGCUCUCAACCUCGUCGCUCGUCAGAUUAAUUAUGGUCGUCGAUGCAACCCAGCGUAUCAAAACUGCCGCCGCACAUCAUUCAGCCGUUGGGGACGAUGGGUCCUAGCUGGAAUCCUCAUCUUCAUGGGCAUUCUACUUCUCUUCCUCGUCCUAUGCUGUUCCAAGCGCCGCAAGCGCCGCGCCGCCCUCCGCGCAACACCCAUGACUGCUCCACCCCCAGCAGGCCACGGCGGACCCUACAACAACAACUCCGCCGGCUACAACGCAGGCUACAACAACGGCGGAUACAACCCGAGCCAGCAGUACGCGCCUCCGGCUGGUGCGCCGCCGCCUCAAUACGGGAAUGCAGGGUAUAAUAAUGAUUAUUAUGGGCAGCAGAAUGGGGUUGCGCAGCCGCAGAAUGCGUAUGUUAAAUAA